AUGAGCUCCCUCUUUUGGAGACAAUUCAAGGCCCUUUUUUACAAAAACACGAUUGUCAUUCGAAAGCAUUGGCUGAUUAACAUUUUACGGUGUUUGAUUUUUCCUUUGGCCUAUGGAAUUUUUCUCGGUUAUGUAUCAACCUUCUUCUCAAAGCCUUCUAAUUUUGGACUUGGCACUCCCGCUCGAGUGUUUGGCGUUGGGGAUCACUUCGAUGGCUCAAGGCCAAUUGUUUGGUCCGAUAAUUCCAACGGAACUGGUUAUAUUCAUGGAAAAGAUAUAAUGAGUCAUGUUACCUCUGGCUUCUCUUCCAGGCAACUCAAAGGUGUCAUUGAGGUCGAGGACACUGCUUCACUUUUUGAUAUAUGUAUCUCAAACGCGAAUGGGGCAUCGCCGUGUUUUGUUGCCCUUACCUUUGAAGACAUCCCUACCGCCUCAACAAGUGACAAAAGGCCAUUGAAUUAUACAUUCUGGGCAGGAUCUGGAGCUUAUCGUGUCGAUGUUCUCAAGCAUACCAGUGAUCUCGAAACAGUACUUCUCCCUCUGCAAUGGGCUGUUGAUCAGGCCAUAAUCGAGCUUACUACAGGGCAGAAGACACCAACACCCCUUCAAUUACCUUUCACCCACAAUGUAGAUUCAGAUACAGACCAGAGUAACCGAUUAUUAUUCCUUAGCAUAAUGGGAAAUUUCGGAGGAGUUGUAUUCUUCCUGGUGUUCACUGGUGUAAUGUAUCAGAUUGCUGGUGGAGUUGCGCUAGAGCGAGCAGCUGCUCUGACAUCUCAUAUGCAGGCAAUGGGAGCCCUUGACUCUGCCAGACUAUUAUCAUGGUACUUCUCCUCAUCGAUUCUUUUCAUCCCAACUUGGAUAGCCCUGGCGGUAGUCUGGGGAGUUCGGAUUUUCACAAACACGAACAUUGGCUAUCUCAUUCUGCUCCACCUUGUGGCUGGGUUUGGAUGUACUGGAUGGGCAUUCUUUGCCUCGGUUCCAUUCAGCAAGAGCCCACAGCUAGCAGCCGUGGUUACCACAGGGGCGGCGAUCGUACUUGCCAUUAUACCCUUGUCUAUCACUGCAGAGAACAACUCAGCUGUUGGGCCUGUACUGUCUUUCUUCUUCCCGUCUAUGUUUUAUGUAUUUAUGCUCAAGAUGUUCUCGGGCUUUGAAGUGAACCUCCAACAUGUUGUUUUGUCACAAAAGGACCCGACGUACUUCUUUGAGGGGAUACCAAUGAUCAUAGCUGCUGUGGUUGGGGUAUUCUUUUGGCCUAUCGUCGCCAUCUACCUCGAAAGGUGGAUGUACGGGAUUUCAAACCCAUCAAAUACUGGCUUUUGGUCGUCAGGGCAAUUAAAGGGUUCAGCGGAAGAUACCACUUCUGAUAUUGCCAUCAGUCUACGCAAUGUCAAAAAGAUAUUCAACACAUCAAUGUUCAGUCGAAAGCUGAAUGAGGUUGUUGCUAUUGCAGAUCUCACGCUCGACAUACCAUCCUUCGGAAUAUUCGUUCUUUUGGGUCCAAAUGGGGCGGGAAAAUCUACAGCUUUGUCCAUUAUUGGAGGCCUUACAAAGUCCACCGACGGGACUGUUUCUUUCUCUGGGAACACCACGCGACCGCCUCGAGGAACACUUGGUCUGGUUCCUCAGAAAAAUGUCCUAUUCCCAGAGCUUUCGUGCUUUCAGACAUUGAAGCUUUGGAACGCUAUCAAACAAGAAGAAGGAGAAUCUUCCGAUGCUGAUAUCGAGCGCUUAAUUCGGGAUUGUGAUCUCCAGUCUAAGGCUCAUGAGCCAGCAGGAACUCUAUCUGGAGGUCAAAAGAGAAAGCUUCAACUAGCCAUAGGACUGGUUGGUGGAUCCAAGAUUAUACUCGUGGAUGAAUGCACUUCUGGGGUAGACCCCUUGAGUCGGCGCUCUCUUUGGAGAACUCUUACUACCUACCGAAAUGAACGUACUAUUGUUCUUACGACUCAUUUUUUGGAUGAAGCCGAUUUCCUUGCCGAUCGCAUUGCAGUUCUAGCUGCUCCAGGAAAGCUCAUUGCCUCAGAAAGCCCAGUUGCCUUGAAAUCCUCUAUGGGUGAAGGCUAUUCAGUCAUAGUCAAAUUUGAAUCCGAAGACUUCGCCAAGGAGCUGCUGAGCGAUGUGCGUACGGUGGCACCGGACGCCACCAUGGAAAUCAAGGAGUCAUUUACAUCAUGCUAUCACCUCAAAACUAGGGAUUCUUCUCGGGUUUCUGCCGCACUUCGGUUGAUUGAACAGCGUAAAAAGAUGUUUACAAUCCAUGCCUAUGACGUAGUAGGGACGACGAUUGAGGACAUCUUUCUUGACCUCCUCCAGAAGGAAGAGGGUGAAGACGGAGAGAAAAAUGAAAAGGACGCAGCUAAACAACAUGCCUUACUGGAUCUCACCCUUUCGAGUGGAAGACCACGCUCAUCGUUGGCUCAAGCUCUUACCAUCUUCCAUAAACGCUUUUUAAUUAUGCGAAGAAGCUGGCUGGUCCCGUUCCUUGCACUGGCUAUAGGGAUAUCAGGUGCAUGGUGGCCUAUACGAUUCGUAAAAGGAGGCGUGGCGUCAUGCGCUCACAAAUUUAUUGACCCCACCAAGGGAGGGUUUUUCAAUCCGCUAUAUCCUCCUCUACUCAGCAACGAUACCAUCUUGGCCUCGCCUUCGAACCUACCGUCAAUCAUAAACGCUAGUCUUCCCGAACUUUUUGUAGACCCUUUGCUUCAGUUCUAUUCUCCAAAUUUCCCCAAACCCUCUGGUCCAUUUAAUCCUUUCGUGCCGGUUGCAGACCAGCAGACACUGGUGGAGAUGAUUAAUGCCAACUUUACCGAGUUCAGCACAUUUGGGGGUUUCUCCAUGGAUUUUGAAAAGAACGAAUACUUAAUCGCAUGGCAAUUGAGCCCAUUCUCCCUGAGCAUGUUUAGUGUAGCGUCGAACCUCUUCUAUAACCGUGCCCUCAAUGCUUCAAGCAGCCCAUCGGGCUCCACCCGAAUCCAUCCAACGUUCCAUCAGCUGCCGAGUGUACAGACGGAGUCUCUCGCCACUUUACAAUGGCUUGCUAUAUUCGGCGCUGCAAUGACCGUAUUCCCCGCCUUCUUUGCUCUUUAUGUAGCAAAAGAGCGACACUCUUCGGUUCAAGCCAUGCAAUUAUCGAAUGGACUAUCAAACCCAUUGGGCCUUUGGCUUGGGCAUAUCAUGUUUGAUUCCAUGUUUACUGUGAUUGUUGCGACUGUGAUUGCAAUUGUCUACGCAGUUGUCAAAAGCAAAUUCCAAGGCGUCGGUUACCUGUGGUUCGUUAUUUGCCUUUACGGAUUUGCCGCUACUCUUCUGUCUUAUGUCACGGCAAUCGUGAUCAAGUCGCCCCUAGGAGCUUUCGCAGCAAUGGUGGUCUCUCAAUUUAUUAUCUAUCUGCUCUACCUUACUGCAUAUAUCAUCGUUACGUUCGUUGCGCUUCCUUUGGAGGCUCCACGCACCAUCAACAUUGUCCACUUCACCUUGGCUCUCAUUGCUCCUAUCAACAGUUUGGUCAGGGCAGCCUUAAUAUCAGUCAAUCAGUUCUCACUGAUUUGCGAUGGCGAGAACGUUGCCACCGGAGCCGCACUUGGUACCAUCACUCGAUACGGAGGGCCUAUUCUGUACCUUAUUGUAUGGAUUCUGACACUUUUAUUUAUCCUCACCAUAAUCGACUCCGGAAUCCGGUUCCCAACGGCAAGUCUGCGUCGUAAAGCCAACAUAUCUGGAUCUCUCAGCGGGAAUAACAACGAACCCCGGAAGCCAUCAAAUCCUGACGUCGUGGCCGAAGCUCAGCAAGCGGCCUCAUUCUCCAAUCAGGAUCCACUACGUGUCUUGAGCGUUUCCAAGUCUUACGGAAGAAACAAGGUCGUAGACGACGUCACUUUCACCAUUCCGCACAACUCCCUUUUCGUGAUGUUGGGCCCGAACGGAGCAGGCAAGACGACAACUUUUGAUAUGAUAUAUGGUCAAUUGAAACCCGACGGUGGAGAUGUCAUGGUCAACGAUACUUCAGUCCUUAGCAACAAGCAGAAAGCACGAGUGUCAUUCGGCGUAUGCCCACAGUUUACUGCUAUUGACGCACACCUCACGGUGCGCGAGCAUCUCUUGAUAUAUGGACACUUCCGAGGUCUUUUCGGCGAGGACUUGCAACACAACGUCGAUAACAUUUUGGAAGCGACAGGCUUGAACACAUAUUCAGAUCGGCUUGCGACCAAACUUUCCGGAGGAAACCAAAGGAAGCUUGCACUGUCGAUCGCGUUGAUUGGCAACCCGUCAGUCGUAUUAGUCGAUGAAUAUUCCACAGGUAUUGACGCCAAAAUGAAACGGGAGCUAUGGGGAGUUCUUAAGCAGGUUACUAGUGACAAGGCGGUAUUCCUGACAACGCAUUCGAUGGAAGAGGCUUCGUACCUCGCUACUAAGGUCGGAAUCAUGUCGAAGCGAAUGUUAGCUGUGGGUUCCCCCCAGGAACUCGAGGCGUGUACAGCGUCGUAUGAGGUACACUUUGCAUGCCACAAUCGCCAGGAUUAUGUCAAGGUCCAGGCCGUCAUGGCGCGUAUACCUGGAGCACGAAUGGCGGACGAUGUCGCAACGCGCUUCGAGAUUCCCAUCGGCAACAGCGAAAACAGCAGCUCUGAUACUUCCGUCGCGAGCAUCUUCGAGAUCCUUUCUAACGAAAAAGGUUUCCCAGAAUUUACCAUCGGAAAAUCAAGCUUGGAGACAGCGUUCAUCAGGAUCAUCAACCAGGACUCGCAACAGGGGCAUGAUAAUCACGGAGUUGAUGCUAAGGCGGAGGGGAAGUUAUGGGGGAUUUGCUAA